AAAGGCCGCUUGAAGUUUCAAAUUAAAUGAUGAAUGUGUCUGUCUAAAUUCAAAAGCCGUCGGAUUUUAUCUCAAUUCUCAGAUGAUGAAAGUUUCAGACUCGUCUUCCCCGACCGGAGUUCUCGAAGAGUUCUUCAGAACCGAAGAAUUCGAAAGCUCCCAGACUACAACAACCAAGUACCCUUCCUCCCGUUUCCGCAGGGUUGUUCAUCUUCUAAGAAGCACGUCCAAAAAAUCGCUAGAGAAUCUGAAAGCCCCGUUUCAGUACAACAAUGCCGUUACAAGCUCUUUGAGAAGAUGCAGUAGCUUGAGAGAAAGUCUCAGAUUUGGUUCCUCCAGUGAUUCUCACGUUCUUGCACACUCUCCUCGAAGAAUCUUUUCUUUUUCUGAUCUCAAAAUUGCCACCAACAAUUUCGCUCCGGAGAAUCUAAUUGGAAAAGGAGGUUACGCUGAAGUUUACAAGGGGAAGUUUUCAAAUGGACAAAUGGUAGCCAUAAAACGGCUCAUGCGUGGAAACAGCGACGAGAUCGUUGUAGAUUUUCUAUCAGAGAUGGGCAUAAUGGCACAUGUUAACCAUCCAAACAUCGCAAAGCUUUUAGGCUACGGUGUUGAAGGAGGAAUGCACCUUGUUCUUGAGUUGUCACCUCAUGGGAGCUUAGCUUCUAUGCUUUAUAGCUCAAAGGAGAAGAUGAAAUGGAGCAUCCGGUACAAAAUAGCUUUGGGAGUUGCAGAGGGUCUGGUGUAUCUUCACAGAGGAUGUCACAGGAGAAUUAUUCACAGAGAUAUCAAAGCCGCAAACAUUCUUCUCACACAUGAUUUUUCGCCUCAGAUAUGCGACUUUGGGCUUGCGAAGUGGCUACCUGAACAUUGGACACACCAUAUAGUUUCCAAAUUUGAGGGCACGUUUGGAUAUCUUGCUCCUGAGUACUUAACACAUGGGAUAGUGGAUGAAAAGACCGAUGUAUUCGCCUUGGGUGUACUUUUACUAGAACUUGUUACUGGACGACGAGCUCUUGACUACUCCAAGCAAAGUCUUGUUCUAUGGGCUAAACCAUUGAUGAAGAAGAACAAAAUUAAGGAGCUAAUUGAUCCAUCUUUAGCGGGUGAAUAUGAAUGGAGGCAGAUUAAACUUGUGCUUUUGGCUGCUUCGUUAUCAAUUCAACAGUCAUCAAUAGAGAGGCCUGGGAUGAGUCAGGUCGCUGAGAUCCUCAAAGGCAACUUGAACGACCUCAAGUGCAUCAUGAAAUGCAGAGUCCCCUUUUAUCGUAAAGCUUUUAGAGAUGAGAACAUGUCAAGAAAUAUUCAGAAAAGUUGAUCUUGAAGAAAGAAAAUGGAGGCAUGAAACACAACAAAGGGAAAAGAAAAGAAAGAGAUAGAGAUGGCUUGCAUCAUUUUCUGAAUAAAAAGGCGUUACGCAUCACUUGUCAAGAAGAUAUUAGUGGAAUAGUGAAUAUUCUUAGUACAUUUUCUUUAUUUAUUCAAUGUAUUAGUAAGCAACAAAGGCAUAGCUUCAGUGAAGUUAUGUAAUGUCUAAUAUACCAAAGUAAAAUAUUUACAGAGGAAAAAAAACGGAGUAUGUACCUAAGAAAGAGAGCUUUACGGUUU